AUGCCUCAACAUAUCCUCCCAGCAGCCUUGAGUGCCUCAGAACAUCCUACCAACAUCCCUGUUCCUCUCGUCAUCCUCCCAGCAUCCUUGACAUCCCUGAGCACCUUAACAUCCUCCCAAGCAUCUUUUUAUCCCUCGCCAUCCUCCCAGCAUCCCUUGGGUGCCUCAAAAGAUCCUCCAGGCAUCCCUGACAUCCCUGAGUGCAGACCUGCAUCCAGUGCAUCCUUUCAAACUCGCCGUCCUCCCAGCAUUCCCUCAGCAUCGCGUCCUCCCAGCAUCCCUGAGCAUCCCUUCAUCCCUCGCGUCCUCCCAGCAUCCCUGAGUGCUGCAUCCUCCCAUCCUCCCAGCAUCAGCAUCCCUUCAUCCUCCCAAGCAUCGCCGUCCUCCCAGCAUCCCUGA